UCAUAAUACAUUGAAAGGUAUUGCAAUCAAAUUUCUGAAGCUUUAAAAUUUCUUUCAGGUUAUCAUCUUCAUGUGCGCGGCGGGCAUUGCCUCCGCUGGUCUGCUUGGCGCCCAUGAAACGGUGGCGUACAACGCUGCCCCAGUGGCCACAUACGCUGCCGCUCCGGCCUACGCAACAUACACCGCCCCCACUGCUGCAUACACAGCACCCGUGUUCGCUAGAACUGUAUCUCCCGCUGUCUCGUACUCAUCAGUUACCAGAUCUGCGCCUGUGACCUACGCUGCUGCCGCUCCCGUCGUAGCCAACACUUACACCGCUCCGGCCUUCAGCGCUGCCUACACCGCUCCUGCCACCUACGCCGCUCCUGCUUUCGCUACAUACACUGCUCCCGCUGCCAGGACCUACGCUACUCCUACUUUCACUGCAGCCUACACUGCUCCCGUCGCCAGGACUUACGCUGCGGCAUACACUGCUCCUAGGACUUUUGCUGCCCCGGCUUUCGCCACCUACGCCUCAGCCCCUGUCGUAGCCAAGACCUUUACUCCAGCGGUGGCUGCCUACACCGCUGCUGCACCAGUUGUCAAAUCCGCCGUAACGUACUCAGCUGCACCCGCCGUCUCUCACGUUGCAUACACUGAUGUAGGAGCCACCUACGGUUGGUGA